AUGCCCCCUGCAAAGUCAACACGAAGUGUGGAACUACAACCACUAAGUCGAUCCGCUCUCAGAGCUCGUGUUGACAUGCCAAACACCCCUCAAGAUCUAGUUUAUGCAGUAUCCGCCCGGGUCCUCAUCCCUGCCGCCGCUCAAAGCACCCAGAUCGCCGCGACAUCGCCGUUGACCAAAGCCAAAGGCACCGCCGCAAGCAACAGCGGUGGUGUUGCAUUGUCUCCAAGCGUGGGGUCUCUCAAAUCCAAGUCCCAGUACAUCCUACCCUUCCGCCAAACCCUCUCUCACGGCGAUGCCGUUACCCGCAGCCUGGGAAUUCCCAGUCCAGUGUCAGAACACCAGGCCUCCAGCGGCAAGACAACGCUCAUAAGCGGUCCAAGUACUUCCUUCCAAAGUACCAAAUCUAUCGAACUACCAGCUCUUGUAAUCGGCUCUCAGACCAUCACAGCUGAUGUCCAAAACCGAUAUAUUCUCGCCGGCGGGCAGUCCCUCCCUCCUGGCUCUACCACUACCAUGGGAUCUGGCACCUUCAUCACAGUCCUAGCCCCCCAAAGCUCCGGCACCCAAAUGCUCCUCGCGUCAGGCUCCAGCACUGCGCUGUUAUCCCACGCAACCGCCCCGCCUAAGCUUUCCAAGAUACCACCGCUCCUCCCAAUACGUUGGCAAAAUAUUAUUAGCAUUUUCCCAUUCAUCUUGUACAGACGCGAGACACAUUACUCGCUGCAUCGCAUGUAUGUAAGCAAUGGUCCAAGCGCGGCGGAGCCGUAA